UUUCAUCGAAACCGUGUUACAAGUUUUACCAAGCGAAACGGUGCGGGUGUACGAACCUCUUUGGAUACAACUUAACAAGAUGUGGUGUCUCGUUAGUCAAGCAAACUCCGUCAUCCUCGAAGUGCAAGUCGAUCCCAAAGCCAUUGGUCAGGUGUGUCUCGAGAAAGCAUGCGACUGUUUGGGCAUCAGCAAGGAGUGCGACUACUUUGGCUUGAAAUACCAGAACGCGAAGGGCGAGGAACUCUGGUUGAACCUGAGGAAUCCCAUAGAGAGACAAACGGGUGGCGGCGUAGCGCCUUUAAGAUUCGCAUUGAGGGUUAAGUUUUGGGUGCCGCCUCACCUGUUGCUGCAAGAAGCCACCAGGCAUCAGUUCUACUUGCACUCUCGUUUGGAGUUACUCGAGGGUAGAUUGAAAGUGUCGGAUUGGGCUUCCGUGGCACGUUUGGUCGCUUUGAUAGCGCAGGCCGACACAGGCGAUUACGAUUCGCUGUCACCACCGAACGCGCUCUACUCGCAAUGUUGUCAAAUUCAAACGGCGGAGUCGUGCGAAUCCAGACCUCAGGACUUUCUCCAUCGGAUAGUUCAACAACACAAGGAGAUCAAGGCGAUGAAAACCUCCACAGCCGAGUAUUGGUUGCUGAAGGAGAUAUCGAAUUUGGAUACGUUCGGCCAGGAGAUGUUUCACAGUAAAUUCGGGUACAACGGAGUGUCGAUGAUCGGAGUCGGACCUCAUGGUAUCACGGUUUAUCGUAAUCACGACGAGGAAACGCAAAACAUACCAUAUACGGCGAUACAAAGCGCAACGACUCAACGUCGAAUGUUUCAUUUAGUCUACCUCUCGCUCGACGGCGAGGAGACGUCGUUAAAUUUCAAAUUAGACUCGAGUCAAUCCGCCAGUGGACUUUACCGGGCGAUUACCGAGAAGCACGCGUUUUAUAGCUGCGAGACGGUCAGGAGCGCGGUUACGGCGCAGUUUAUACGCGACUUGAAGGGCACCAUUAUCUCGAUAUUCAACGAGGAUUCCACUUUAGGAAAGAAAUACGUGUUCGAUAUUCGCAGAACGUGCCGAGAGGUGUACGACAACGCACGGCGCGCUCUCUACUGCGAAGCUGCGACCGUUAGCCUGCCGGAGGAGAAGGAAAUUUUGCAGAAGCAGGAUUGCGGAGACUGCGAGGAUCCGAAAUGCAAGGAAUCUCGAGAAUGUCUAACGAGAUUGUUGGACGCGAUGCUGUGCCGCAUUUGCAUGGACCGUAGUUUGGACACUGCCUUGUUUCCGUGCGGACACGCGGUAGCCUGCUUGGAUUGCGCCAGGCGAUGCGAACGUUGUCCUCUCUGUCGAGCCGACAUCGACCAUUGUCGCACGAUAUAUCUUCCGAUCGAGCUAACGCACGUCGACAAGCACAAUCCGAAAUUGCUCUCGGAAUCCAUCGAACCUAGUUACGGCAACUCUUCUACCGAGGAAAUUCAAAAGAGAAGCUUACCAACCGAAAGAUCCGUGGUAAACGGUAACGAUAUCUGAGAACGUCGUUGCAACAAGUUCCACGCUUCUCGAAGAUUCUUCUCUGGAAUCUUUGCUUGCCGGAUCCAGAGAACGCAUUGAGUUUUUCUCCCGUCUCUGCUAUCGUACUAUCUCUGUCUUUCCCUUUUGUCCUAUUAUUCCUUUGAUUUACGCGAAAAUCGUACGUUCGUACGUUCGUGUUAUCCGUACGACGAUCAAUUUUUCUUUUUUCUUCUUUCGUUCGUUCCAACACCGCAAAAACGCGAAUGAUUUGUCGCCACCGUGACGAAGAAACGCGACGUUGCCCGUAACGUUCGAAAAACCGAAGAAUACGACUCUGUUUAACCGAGCCCGUUCAAAGGCGAAUAAUUCGUAUAACAAGAUCACGUUCGCUUCCUCGUUCGAAUAAUAAGAGUUUGCGUGGUUUCGUUCGACGGGAGUUCAGUCGAUCGGGCAUUAACUGAAAUUUCGUUUCAAUGAAUCUAGUUCGUAAAUAAAUAAACUCUCUCUCUCUCUCUCGUUUAAAUACGUAUCUACAAUGUAAUUGUAAUAAUGUUACACGAUACAUGUAUACUUGUUAAUCGAAUAAUAACAAUAUUGUCUUAAUCCCGCGACCGAAAAGUGCUAUUAGCAGCGUUGAUCUUUGAAAAACGAUGCUGUCAUUGUUUCCAAGAGAGAGUAGUAUAUUUUGUUUUAUUGAAAAGUUUAAUGCGUCGUAUAUACAUGUGUUUACUUUUAUCGACAGUCGGACCAACGAGUUUUCUCAUUUUAUUUAAGUGUCGUUUAUAACGCUUCUCGGAUACUUUCGUUCCUCUUAGAUAGAUCAUGUCCUCUUUUCUUUCGUUCUUUCGUACGUACUUCAACCUUCGUUUAGAUACGGCGGUAGGCCACUGGGGUUUAUUAAAAUCGAUGACCGUUCGUAUUUUCAAUAUAGCGUAUUCAUUAUGCAUACGCGAUAUGGUUUAUAAAACGACUGCUAUAACGCUCCCCUUCUUCUAGAAGACGUUUCAUCCGAGUCACUCGAAUCUCACGUCACUCGAUCAUUAGGUCAUCCAUUGAUCGAUCGUUAGCGCGAUAAAAUUUUCUUCAUUGAGAGCGACCCGCGAUAAUUGUAUCAAUUUUAUUGUCACGAAUGGCCUACGUAAAUAGAAUUUCCACGAUCCGAGAAGUCGACAGGCCGACGACACGCAGAUACCACGCUACGAGUUAUCUCUCCUUUGAAACGUCUUGUACAAGAAGGAAACCUUGUUACGGUAAUAUCUGUUUAUAUGUACAUAAAAAAGUGAGAUAACCCCUCGAUAGGGUCAAGCGAGUAAAAGUCACGAGUUCGCCAAAUGUCAAAUCUGAUUUAACAAACUCGGUGCGAAUGCCAUCUUUUAAGUAAGAGAAUCGUAAUAAAAGAAAUGCAUAUGUUAAUCGAUGUGCUUUGCAUGCAAAAGACAAUUGACGUGACAUCGAUGAUAGUCCGUUUCAAAGGUGCACGCGAGAAAAGGCUGUUUCCGAUCAAAAAAAAAAAAAAAAAAAAAAAAAAUAAAUAAAUAAAUAGAA